GUCGGUGGCGACUGGCGCCCGACCAGAAUGGCCCGCCGCUUGCGGACCAGAUUUUCGGUCGCAGCGCUUAAGGAAGGAGAUGACGGCGAUGCCGCCGACAUCCAGAAGAAGAUCCAGGCGAUCGGUGUGCUCAUCCUUGCCCUCGGCGGCAGGCAGAGCGCCAGCGCCGAUAAGAUAAGGUUUGGAGCUUUAUUUCUGACGUUCUGCGGGGGCGGCGGGCGCCCAGUCGCCGCCGCUCCGGGCUACGCCGCCGGCGCUUGCCGGCAGUACCGCCAAGGCCUUGAAAGAGGCUCUGACUUCCCGCGGAGGGCAGAAAUCCAUCACGUCGGUCAAGACAGACCUGGUCUGGCCGACGCUUACGGACGACAAGUGGUGCUCUUCUACGAAGAGUUCGAGGAUGUUUGCGCUCUCGCAAACAACUGCCGCGGCAUGUAUAUCUCGGACCCGGAAGCCGUGUACACCCGCAUCAAGAAUAAGCACUUGAUGUUUGGGGAAAGCCGCGAAGAGCGGGAGGUUCGGGUUGAUGGUGAGCAUCAGGCCCUCAUGAAAGGGAAGCUCACGGAGCAUCAAUUCGAGAAGAUGCCGCCGCAUCUCCAGGAGGAGAUUCGAGAGGACAGACGCGCAGAGGGAGAUCAAGGAGCUCAAGGCUGCCGCGAAUGCCGCGGCCAAGUGAGGCAAAGGCCAAAGCUGCCGCGAAGCCUCCUGGCACGCUUUGCCCUUUCUUUCGGAAUCGUGCAGGAAGGGCGCGAACAUGUGACAUGGUUCACACCUGGACUGGAGCGGUGCGAGAGCACGCCCAUGGGCCUUGAGAAGGGGGAGAGCGGCCGUUUCUCGGCGCUCGGCGAGCUGCCAGGCGACUCAUGGUCGCUGGCAAACAACGAGCCGGGCGGGUACCAAGACCGCGGAAGGUCCCGAGAUCUUCGUGCGCUGCAAAAUCGCGGCGCGCUGGCACGGGCUGAUCCUCGGCGCCACAGCCACUGGACGUAG